AUGGUACUACUGACAAGAUUACUGAGGAAGGCUAUGCUAAUAUUCAUGGUAAAGGUGGCGGGUGCUCCUAGUGAUAAUAGUACGCAAGUACAAGAUGCGGAGCGAGUAAAUGCUUGGUUAAAAAAACGAGAUGAAUUUGUUGCGGCUAAUCCUACUGAUAAGCCCGAUAUUUUAACCGAGUUGGCUUUGGAUAACAUGCGACAAUUAGAUUACGAAAAUUUCAAUCCCGAAGACUUUCUUUGA